AAUUUUCUCUCACUUUUGUGCUUCAAAAAGACCCCAACGAUUCCUUUCGACCCUUUUUCUGUGCUUUAUCCGAGUGCACAGCAGUAACCCAGUUGCGAAUUUGAGGCCAUCAAUGUUCUUCAGCUGGAUGGUUUCUGGGUCUCUGGCUUGAGGGAACUUGACCUUCUACAGGGUAGCUGUGAGUCUGUGACCAUUAAAUGGUUGUUUCUGUUCACAUUGUACAAUCAAAACUGAAAGAGCUUUUAGCUUAAAUCUUUUUCCCGUGGAUCGGCGUGAUUUCUUAAGCCAUUAUCCAAUAGGCAGUUCCCAAGUUCUGUCUUGAUUUCACAAAUAACGCUGAUGCUAGUAACUAAGCAAUGCAGUUAUAUCAUCAUCCAUACUCUUUGGACAGCCAGAAGGUGAGACUUGCCUUGGAAGAGCAAGGGAUUGAUUACACGUCGUAUCAUGUCAAUCCCAUCACAGCCAAGAACAUGGACUCCUCAUUCUUCAAGAUCAACCCAAGUGCAAAACUUCCUGUCUUUCAAAAUGGUUCCCACGUCAUUUUUGAUACAAUCGAGAUAAUUCAAUAUAUAGAGAGAAUUGCAGUUGUCUCCUCAGGGACGGAUGAUGUAAUGCCGAGUAGCAGAGAAGUUGUUGAAUGGAUGCAUAAGAUACAAGAAUGGAAUUCAAAAUUUUUCACUCUUGCCCACAUCCCCGAGAAGUACCGUCUUACUGUCACCAGAUUUAUAAGACGAGUGGUGAUCGCUCGGAUGGCCGAAACUCCCGAAAUGGCUGCUGCUUACCAUCGUAAGCUCAGAGAAGCAUACGAGACUGAAGACAAAUUGAAAAACAAAACUGUUGUCAAACAAAGCACUGAACAUCUAGUUGUUCUUCUUGAUGAAAUCGAAUCAAAACUAGGUGAGACUUCUUACUUAGCAGGGGAAGAGUUUACCAUGGCUGAUGCCAUGUUCAUUCCAGUGCUGGCUCGACUCGUGCUGUUGAAGCUAGCCGAUGAGUAUAUAGGCAGCAGACCAAACAUUGCAGAGUAUUGGAUCUUGGUGCAGCAGAGGCCAAGCUACAAGAAGGUAAUUGGGAAGUAUUUCAAUGGAUGGAGAAAGCACAAAACACUUCUGAAAACUUGGUUCUUUGUUCAUAUCAGAACCUUGCUGAGGAGAUACUGAUGGAAAACGAAUUAUAAAGUCAAAAGUUUAUUUAUAAUUUGUACAUGAGGGAGAAGUUAUAGGGGCUGAGGAGUGAAGUGUAUGUAUUUAUUUCCAUUUUUUGCCUCCUUUUUGUUAUGUUUCAUCAGUGUGUGUUGUAUGUUUCAUUUUUAUUUCUUCUUGGACCGAGGAUUGGAGGUUGAAUCUUGUAAUAAGUUGAAUUACUGCUCCAUUUACGAUUUUUUUUUUCAUAAUUCACAUAAUAUAACGUAUUUAAAUGUGUCG